AUGGCGGCCGCCGCGUCGCUCUCGCCGCGCGGGCUGCCGGUACCUCCGCCGCUGCUGCUGCGCGCCCGGCGCUCGCUGAGCGAGGAGGUCGACGGGCUGCUGCGACCGGAGGCUGGCAGCCCGCCGCUGCCGUCCCUCUCGGCGGAGAGUCGCCACGUCGUGAGCGCGUGCGCGCUUCUCGAGCUGCUCACGUCCGGCGUGGAGUCGGCCGCCGCCGUCUUUGAGCGCGCGUUGCUCGAGGAGUACGUCUGGGCGCGCUCGCGCAGCCCGAGCUGCCUCCAGCUCUGGCUGGGCUCGGUCCUCGUCGAGCUUGGGACGGAGGCGGCCGAGCUGGCGGACGCGGACGUCGCCGAGCUCGUGCCUGGCUUCCUCGCUGCGGGCUCUGGCGGGCAGCAGGCCGCCCCGAGCCAGUCGGCGCCAGGCCGCGCCAGCCGCGAGCGGCGCGCGCGCUCGCUGCUCGAGGAGGCCCUCACACCGGCGCGGUGCGGCGCGUGCGCCGCGCUCUGGCGCCUGUACAUCCGCCUUGAGCUCGCUGCCGGCCGCGGCGACGCUGCGUGCCGUGUGCAGUUGCGCGCGGUGCAGCAGUGCCCCGGCCACAAGGGGCUGUGGCUCGCGGUGCUCUCCCCCCCGCUGCUGUGGCACGCGCCGGAGCGGCAGUUGCGCGACACCGUCACGCUCCUGGCCGAGAAGGAGCUGCGCCUCUGCUCCGAACUCCCGGAUAUGGGCGAGCCGGGCGAGGGCCUGGUGAAGGGGGGGCGGGGGGAGCCGCAGCUGCCGGGUGGACGUGCGGAUUCUCCAACCAAACGUCAGCUCGAGGCCGGCAGCGGCAGCGGCAGCUGCAGCAAAGAGGGUGACGACGACCACGAUGACUGA